CAAAGAAAGACAUGACGGGAGAUACAGAAAGACGACAGAAGGGCCUGGAUGAAAAGAAAGAUUCAAUGAAACGAUAAUAACGAUGACGAUGAAAUGUACGAAUUGAGAUAGGAGAAAAAAAUGAUCACCAGGACUCGAUUCAUCAACCUUCAGACACGAUCAUGUUGAUGAUAACACUAACCUCUGCAGACCGCCGGUCCGUUGUCCACCCCGGGGGGCGAGGUCCUAUCCGUUGUUUGACGUGGUCCCACCAUCGGAUGGAAAACACUAAUAGAAAAAAAUAUAAUGUGUAGGAAAAACGAGACCGAAAAUACGUGGCCGACGGUCCUGCAGACUGCCCGUUGUAGAUCUGUGCGCUAUGGCGCGCCCGUGGACCAAAUAUCUGAAAUUACAACAAUGACAAAUAUACAAAAAAUAUAUAUACAUUAUUAAAUAAAAUAAAAAAGAAAUUGUGUUGUUUUUCAGUGUCAAGUGAGUAGGCGGCAUUGAAUAAACUGUAGAAUACACACAAUUCUCAAGGAUUUUAGUAUAUCUAUAUGCAGUCACCUGACUGCCUGAGAAUUAGUCGAAUGGUCUAACUUCAGGUGUGUAGUAGGUGUGUUGAAAUAGUAGCAGUCGUGCUAAGGUUAUCGAGAUAAGCGGAUGCGUUACCUUACCUUCUGCGGACAGUACGUAAGUAUGGGCAUCGCUUGUGCUGGCGUAAAUAAAUAUGGUUUAAAAAUUAUGAAUCUUCGCUUCACACAAGGCAAAAAUUGUUAUACGCUGGUAAGGAAAAUGUUGAUUAGAUAUGAAAUAGUUGCUAACCUACUAGAAUGUCCACGUAAAAUCGUCAUAAGGAGGAGACGAAAACCAGCGAUACGCCGACGAAGGCUAGGGAUGAAUUUACGAAUUUCCAACUCUAUAAAGGAAGAUUGAGAUUGCUUAAAUUAAAACCCAAGCUAGAAAGUUUCAGCAAAGUAUUAGACCCUAUUGUUAGAAAAGAGCUUACGCUAAAAUCUAUCCCAGAUCGUUUAUUAAUUAAAUUUCCUAUCCGACUCAGGCAUGGAGAACUGUGAAAUCUUUUUUCAGAGGAUCAGUUUACGGCGGCUUAUUCGGACCAAAUUUUAAUAGUAAAUUGUUGGGUAAAAUAAAUAGGCGCUAUGCAACCAUGUAAAGGAGACCCAUUCAGGAGAUGAUUAAACAUGCUAAUUCAACGAAUGAUAUGUUAUAUUCCCUACUUGUACAGUUUAUAAGGUUUAAGUACCAGAAAAACGUUUGAGUAAUAUAAUACCUAGGAUUUCCAUUAAGCUUCACAAAAAAUGGAUCAGGCAAAACGGUGAUAUUUUUGGGAGUGUUGCACUUUCUCUGCUUUCAAAGAUCAUCACUGGAUCGAAAUCCCCAACCUCUUAAAAGCGUCACCCCCUAUAUAUUGGACAUAAGUCGAGUUCACACUCUCAAAUAACUAGCUUUACUCCUGUCUCCCUUCUAUCAGCUAUACCCAAAGUGAGAGUAAGAAUAACUAGCGAAUAAUUGAUCUCAUAUCCUGAAAACACAGAGCAUUAAGAUAAAUUGCAGUUUGAGCUUAAAAGGAGCAAAUGUUGUAAAUCUAGAGUGAGUAUAUCACUAAUUCGAAUGAAGAUAAUUGAAGUCGCGUAGCAGUCUUCUAUGGUUUUAACCAAAGCGUUCAGUAUAGCCAAUAACGACCACCUCAUGAAAUGUGCACCCAGGGUCACUGUGUGUGGUAGAGACUUUGGACUAUAGAUAUUAUAUCUAACGGAAAGCAUGUUCUUAAAAUAAGCUUGAUGUCUAGUUUUCUAGCAGCAGAGGUGAACUGUGCCACACCCACAACCGCAACAAGUCCUGUGCAACCGUACAAAACUGGUGAUGUAGUACAAAUAUCUUGUAGUGUGCGUAUACAAUUAUUUCAGGUACAAGCAGCGCAUUGAAAAGGCUGGUCGUACGAGAACGAAAUUAAUGUUUCCAGUUUUACGUCCGGAUCUACAUUAGUAUGUACAAAAGGACUGGCCAUGUUCAGCACAAAGAAACAUCUCAAUCUUAUGUUCAGCAGGCAGGCACGUCGCGGCAGUGCCGGCGAUUUACGGAAAUCACCCUCCCAGACAUUGGAGGGACUAACGAGAUAUGGUACGCAGGCUUUAUAUUAGCCUCUUCGGCAUUAUUCUCAACAUUUUUGUUAAUUCUUGUUUAUGCCGUAUGCACACAGACUUUUCACUGAAAAAGAUAUCCGGGAAACAUAUUUUUCACGGAUAGUACAGGCCCCGUUAGCAUCUUAGCCAUUAUCGAAAGCGAAUGGAACUACGAUUUGGCUGUGUUGUUUCGCCCUGGUGAUGAGAAAGCUUGGCAAGAAGGUCGAGAUGCGUGUAUUUUGAUGUUACACCCAUUGAAUAUAUUCUAGAAUUGAAUAUAUACAAUUUAAAAGAAGUACACUGCUAACUAGGAUCCCGUCCUAAAUAAAAUAGAGACAUAAAAAUCUGCAAUAAGAUUUAUCAGUGUGUUAAAAACAUACAUGUAUACGAAGAUACAUUUUUAUUGAAUAUUGCAGGCUAUAUAUAUAUAUAUAUAUAUAUAUAUAAUGAUACGUUUCUCAAAGUUAAGUAGCCGAGUACGUCAGCACUACACCAUCAUAACAAGAUUUAUAUUAUUGGCGCCGAAAAUUUGAAAAUGUCUGUUGUUGUUUUGGAUUAAGUAGUUUCUGCUUUGCCAGCGCUGAGCAGCUUUAAGAGUACCAGACAGGAGCUGGUCUCCAGCGGUCACCUGUACUCGUUCUGGUCCGUUCCUGUAAGGAGUGCGUGUGAGCCAGUUAAUAUAAAAUAAAUUGUCUUCUGUGAUUUAUUAACGUCAAAUAUUGGAGAUCAUUUAAUAAACUCCGCCCUGUGUUCUUACGAAAUUCGAAGAUUUUUUCCAAUGCAUGUCGGUGAUCCAGCAUGUCUUGCAUGUAACAAACGCGUUCAUAUCGAGGGUGUAAACGAAAGCGACUAAUAGUGGAUGGCUCUACGAAAAUACUGACAAUUUUUCCUAACACUUCAUAAACCACAGCCGAAGUUGCCAUGAAUAAAAGAGCAAAGAAACUCUUUGUGCCUAAGCUGAAAAUCGCAGAGGAGCCCCCAUUAGAAGAUGACAUUGCACCACCAAAUCUGAAUUCAAUCGCGCGAAUUCAGAAGGACGGCAAGGAGGUCACUGUUAACGCGGAUGAGUUGGACAAAGUGCGCGAGCUAGGUCGAGGUGCUUAUGGGGUUGUAGAUCUCAUGAAACAUAAAUCAACCGGGCUUUUCAUGGCUGUUAAGCGUAUCAGAUAUACUUUCGACGAAAUGGAAAAACGUCGGGCACUGAUGGAUCUCGACGUUUCGAUGAAGGCUCAUUGCUUGCAUACGGUACGAUUCUAUGGAGCAUUGUUUCAUGACGGCGAUAUCUGGAUUUGUAUGGAAAAAAUGGACAGUUCUUUGGACAAGUUUUAUCUUGCUGCCUUCCGAUGCAAGGGCGGUGUUCCUGAACCUGUUCUUGCUAAGAUCGCGUACAGCAUUGUUACGGCUCUCGAUUACCUAAAACGAAACCUGAAAAUCAUGCACAGGGAUGUUAAGCCAUCAAAUGUGUUGGUUAAUAGAGAGGGCUCCGUGAAACUUUGUGACUUCGGUAUCUCUGGCAAGAUGGUCGACUCGGUAGCGAAAAGUAACCUCGGCUGCAAACCCUAUAUGCCUCCCGAGCGGAUACAAGCUGAACCUGGAGCAACAUACGAUGUGCGAUCGGAUGUGUGGAGCCUUGGGAUUACCAUGCCUUCAAAAGAAUCGAGAACAGCGGGCACGAUAUCCCGCCCUUCUAGAAACGGCAUUCAUCUCUAAGGGCAGCAAAGCCGACAUCUCUGCAUUUGUUCAAGAAGUCAUCGAGCCUGUUCCUUAAGAGGACGUCAUAUAGCUAGGAAGUGCGAUGUGCGUACUGUUCGUAAUUAGGAACUAUUUCGGCCAUGCGAAGACGGUCCGCAUUUCUGAAGAAAAACGAUGUACCAAAAAAUAUAAGUUAAAGUCGUGAUCCAAGUGCAUCGAUCUGGCUAGCCUUUUUGCAAAAGCCUAAACUUAUCAAGUAGUGCAGGGUAAUCGAAUAUGAUUUGUGUAAUGUAUAACUAAGCCUUAUAGUAACAGACGUUCCUGUGAGCGCCUCACCGUGCAUCGAAGCUUAUUUAAUUACACUGCACGUAAUAGCUGAAUCUGUAGAACUGAU